UUUUUAAAAGAAUGUGUGAAAAUCGUGAAACCAGGCAAAUCGAUUUUUAUAACGACGAUAAACAAAACUCUAACAUCUUUGCUAUCUACUAUUGUAGCGGCUGAAUACAUUUUUGGAAGUGCACCUCGCGGUAAUCAUCAAUGGAAUAAAUUUAUUGCUCCACACAAAGUUCAACGUAUAUUGGAGAAUUAUGGCUGCGAAACAAAAUUGAUUCGUGGCAUGCACUUUAAUCCAGCAACAAGGCAAUGGUCUCGAUCAUCAACUGCAUCUACUUUUUACGGACUUCAUGCAAUUAAACAUAAAGGAACUGGCAUACUGUCAGGAAAUAUCGUAUGUGUCAAUAAAACCAGACCAAUGUCGACGAUAGAUUCUAAGGCAGUUGAAUAUCAUUCUGCUAUGAAAAACAUUUGGUGGGACGAGAAUGGCCCAAUAAAUGCCC